CAGCUCCCCUUCUCUGCUGUAUAGUGCGUCGAGCGGCGGAGGGAAGUGGAGUUCGCGCGUCUUGUUGUGCGUCCGUGGACCAAACAGCAGCAGCAGCAGCAGCAGCAGCGGUGCGCCUUUCCUCCUCCAGAGCCGCAGGCAUCCCGGGGAGCAGCCAGCGCCGUGCAUGCCUCGGACACCAGGAGGAGGCGGAUACUGCUUUCUUAUUCUUCAUCAUUAUUUUGACUGACUGAGACAUACAUGUUUUUAUUUCCCUAAUGGUAACCAACACUGAGCAGCCGGAGACAUGUGGAAUAAUCUAGGGAAAGUGCACCGCUUCUCACUAGUGUGUCUUCUCCUGACGCUGUGCGCUGAGGUGUCUCAGUCCACGGGUUACUUCGAGCUGCAGUUGAUUUCGGUGGAAAACCCCAAAGGUCAGCUCCAGAACGGCGACUGCUGCGACGCAGAGAAGAGCGCGGCGGAGGGCCACUGCGGCGCGGACGAGUGCGACACCUACUUCAAAGUGUGUUUAAAGGAAUACCAAGCGGAGGUCAUGACCACUGGAUCGUGCACCUACGGCUCGGAAACUACUAAAGUUAUCGGUGGAAAUACUUUUCAGUUCAAGGGCGGCCAGAAAACCGGACAGAACCGGAACAACGAUGCCGGGAAGGUCAUCAUUCCCUUCCAGUUCGCGUGGCCGCGAGCGUACACUGUGAUAGUGGAGGCAUGGGACAAAGACAACGGCACACACAGCAAUGAUGAUGAGCUGCUGAUUGAGCGCAGCAUCUACAAAGGGAUGAUCAACCCCGGUGAGGAGAAGCAGAUGGUAGACUCCAAAAGAUCAACCCCCCGUCUGGAGUACGCCAUCCGCGUACGCUGCGACGAACACUACUACGGCAGCAAGUGCAACAAAGUCUGCCGUCCCCGCGACGACUACUUCGGCCAUUACGUGUGCGACCACUUCGGGAACAGAGAAUGCAUGGAGGGCUGGACGAAUCUCACGUUGAGCUGCAAAUCAGCCAUCUGCAAACAAGGAUGCAGCCUCGAGCAUGGGACAUGCAGCGUGCCGGGGGAAUGCAAAUGUAACUACGGCUGGCAGGGUCAGCUCUGCGACGAGUGCCUGCCGUAUCCUGGAUGUGUUCACGGCACCUGCAACGAGCCCUGGCAGUGCACCUGUGAGAAGAACUGGGGAGGUCUGCUCUGUGACAAAGAUCUGAACUACUGUGGGACUAACCGGCCCUGUAAGAACGGAGGGACGUGUAUGAACACAGAGCCAGAUGAGUAUAACUGCGCCUGUCCAGACGGCUACUCUGGCAAGAACUGCGAGAUCGCGGAGCACGCCUGUGUGUCCAACCCAUGUGCCAACGGAGGGACGUGCCACGAGGUCCCAUCAGGCUUUGAGUGUCACUGUCCAGCAGGCUGGUCCGGGCUGACCUGCGCUCAAGACACAGAUGAAUGUGCCUCCAGUCCCUGCGCUCAGGGCGGAAUCUGCAUCGACAUGGAGAACGGCUUCGAAUGCCUCUGCCCUCCACAGUGGACAGGCAAGACCUGCCAGAUAGACGUUAAUGAGUGUAUGGGGAAGCCUUGCCUCAAUGCUUACUCUUGCAAAAACUUGAUUGGUGGAUAUCACUGUGCCUGCUUUCGUGGAUGGGUGGGCCAGAACUGUGACAUCAAUGUGAACAGCUGCCAUGGUCAGUGUCAGAACGGAGGGAACUGCAAGGAGGUGGCCAGAGGCUACCAGUGCGUUUGCCAGCCGGGAUUCGUGGGUCGGCACUGUGAGGUUCAGAGAAACCGCUGUGCCAGCAGUCCAUGCAGGAACGGUGGCCGCUGCCACGCCCUGCUGGACGGUUUCGUGUGUGAAUGCCCGCAAGGCUUCGCUGGUACAACCUGUGAGGUGCAGAAUGACCCAUGCAGCCCGAACCCAUGUCACAAUAAAGCCAAGUGCCACAGUCUGAUGGGAGACUUCUACUGCAGCUGCCCAGACGAUUACGAGGGCAAAACCUGCUCAGAGCUCAAGGACCACUGCAAGACCAACCAGUGUCAAGUGAUUGAUAGUUGCACCGUUGCUGUGGCAACCAAUGACACCCAAAAGCGGGUAUGGCACAUCUCAUCCAAUGUGUGUGGCCCCCAUGGCCGCUGCAUCAGCCUGCCUGCCGGGAACUUCAGCUGCUCCUGUGAGCCGGGAUUCACUGGCACCUACUGCCACGAGAACAUCAAUGACUGUGCGUCAUCCCCCUGUAAGAACGGAGGCACUUGCAUCGAUGGGAUCAACUCCUUCCAGUGUUUCUGCCCAGACGGCUGGGAGGGCAGUCUGUGUGAUGUUGAUGUGAAUGAGUGCAACAGGAACCCCUGUCAGAACGGAGGCCAGUGUGUCGAUCUGCUGAACGACUUCUAUUGCAACUGUGUCGACAACUGGAAAGGAAAGACCUGCCACUCGCGUGAGAGCCAGUGCGACUCCACUACCUGCAGUAAUGGGGGGACGUGUUAUGACCACGGAGACUCGUUCCUGUGUAGCUGCCCCUCAGGCUGGGGUGGCAGCACCUGCAACACAGCCAAGAACAGCACAUGUGACUCGGGUCCAUGUGAGAACGGAGGGACAUGUGUCGGAGGGGGAGACGCCUUCACCUGCAUCUGCAAGGACGGCUGGGAGGGACCCACCUGUGCACAGAAUGUCGAUGACUGCAAUCCACAUCCCUGCUACAACGGCGGCAUCUGCGUGGACGGCGUGAACUGGUUCCGUUGCGAAUGUGCUCCAGGGUUCGCCGGACCGGACUGCCGCAUCAACAUAGAUGAGUGUCAGUCGUCUCCUUGCGCCGAAGGUUCAACCUGCAUGGACGAAAUCAACGGCUACCGCUGUGUUUGUCCACCGGGACACGCUGGACCUCGCUGUCAAGCGUUUAUCGGACUUGGGAAGUCGUGUCGUCAUGCUGGCUUGCAGUUUCCUCACGGCAGCCGGUGGGAAGAGGACUGUAAUGCCUGCCAGUGUGUCAACGGAUAUGUUCGCUGCUCCAAGGUGAGGUGCGGUCGGCUGCCCUGCCUCCUCCCCAAGGCUCUGCCUCCUCCUCCGGUAGCAAACCCUCCGUCUUGCCCCGGAGGUCACGAGUGCGUGGAGCAUCAGUUCCUCACCUGCUUCUCGCCGCCCUGCCACCAGUGGGGCGUGUGUUCGACGCCUGACCCCCCAACACCCCUGCACACCCAGUGUGAGCCUAACAGUGGUUACCUUGACAACAGCUGUGCUCACAUCACUCUCAUCUUCAAGAAGGACAAAGUGCCACAGGGCACCACUGUAGAGAACAUCUGCUCCGAGCUGAGGUACCUCCCAGUGACUCAGACGCUGGCAGAGGAGCGAGCGCUGCUCAUCCUCUGUGACCUGUCCUACUCCAACAGUGACGCCGUGGAGGUCGCCAUGUCCUUUGAGCAGGACGGGCGGUCGAAGGACAGCGAUCACGGGCAGAUCCAGAAGGCGGCCAAUGCCAUCAUCGGCGACCUGUCCAAACGCCCCAACAGCACCGUCAUGCUGGCUGUGGUGGAAUUCAGAGUGGAGACGCAGGUGGAGUCGCCGCCUGUUGGUUACCUGGUCCCGGUGCUGUGCGUCGUCUUCAGCGUCCUCUGGAUCUUCUGCAUCGUUGUCUGCGUUUGGUGGACCCGAAAGAGGAAGAAAGAGCGCGAGAGAGCGCUCCGAUCCGAGGAAACCACGGUCAACAACCGCAUCGCCCUCAAGGACAACCGCGACAAAGACAUUCAGUUUGACGGCCCCCUCCGCCAGAAACUGAUGGGCUCCUCGGACAGGACGUGCGACGGGGCCGAGGAGGAAGGGGAGCAGGAGGAGGGGCAGGAGGAAGACGAGGAGAGGGAGCUGGGCAUGGGGGAGAAGUGUCCGCCACAAAAGUGCCCCAAAGCGGGGGCACAGGACAGGGGGUGAUGGGUAAGGGGAGGGGUCAUCUGCACGUCGCGCAGUGGUCCGGUCAAGGGGCCGCACCGGACGUACAGCCCCAAAGACAACCGGUGUAAAAACCUCAACGCUGCCAAGCUGAGCGAGGACAUUAAAGACCACUAUGUAUGAACACACGAGAGGAGGAGGGACCUUCCUGAAUCAAAAACAAACUGCGAUGUCUUCAACGUCACUGACUCUUCGACUCUUAAAAGCACCAAAAGUGAAGAUUACAAAUGCUUUAAUUUUCUAUUUUCUUUUGUUUGUCACACCUUAUUUAACGUCUUUGGCCUGCAGCACGGAGGCUUAUGUUACCAAAAACCAAAAAAAAAAAAGCAAAAAAAAAUAAAUAAAUAAACAUCACCGCUUCUGGAUUUCUGGAUUUCAGUUUAAUGGUCACACUGUUGCAAUCAAAAAGAAUUUUCUUUUCUUGGCUCCUGAUUUGUUUUCUGUUUACAGACUGUUGCUGUUUUCAACUUUGCCUCGUCAGAACUAACUUCACUAACUAGCUUCCCUUUUUAUUUCUUUUGGAGAUCUAACUGAACGUCAUCGGCUGGCAGCUGUUAACAAUGUUUCUACUGUUUGGUGCAUUUGGUUCCUGUCUGCCUUAGCCCAAACCUGCGGGCCUUUUCUACACCGUCUUGAUAUCAUGUCUUUUUAUAUUUAAAAAAAAAAAGAUAAAAAACUUAAAAAAAUAAUAAUUAAGAUUUUAUAUGCAUUUAAGUCCUGGAAGGUUGGCACAGAGAAUCCACUGUAUGAUACCUGGCAUGAGCAUUUUUUGUUUACAUUCAUAAACAUCUUUUCCAUUUUGUGUUAAUGCUUAAAGGUUCUUACAUAUAUCCUUUUAAGAUAAUUGUGUCUGCUUCCUGCGAGUCUACAUGAUGAUUUUUCAGUAUUUGCUUUGGUAGAAAAGUGCCUUCAGCCCUUUCUUUUAUUUCUCCUCUUCUCUUCUCCCAUAGAGUUUAUGCAGAAUUUAAAAACAUAUAAAGGGAACGAUGUCCUAGUAACAACUCUUCAUACCACACUAAAGGUUAUUUUCUUUGCAAUGUACAUAUGUAAAUAUGGAAACAAAUGGCUGUGUAUAUUUGAAUUUAGUAACUUAAGUGAUGCUUUGUAUCAUAGUUAUUCUAAAGAAUACGUUUUUGUGGUUGUUUUUUAAAUGAUGUCAUUCCGUUUAUAAGUGUCUGUUGACACUUUGACAGGUUUUAUACAGAUUUUUUCGGACUGUGUCCAGGGUCCCACUGAGUCAUGAGCAUUGGUUUAAAAAAGAAAAGAGAUCAUGAUUGAUUGUCUUUAUGUAUUCUGAUUAUUUGUUACAGCUGUUUUUUGGAGAGUUGUUUGUUAGGCCUGUCGGUCAUUGUGAGAGCUUGUUUGGAUCUGAGCUGCAUUGAAUACAAGAACCUCCUGUGCAACAGUCCUGCUCAUUUCACUGUGUUUUAAGGACUUUUGGGCCCCUAAAAAACAGAUUCUGAGGGCCACCCUUCAGGAGUAAUUUUUCUAUAACAGUUGUUUAACUCCUACGUAUCUAGCCCUUCCUCAAAUUCAAUCCUUGCAAAAAUCAACCUUCUAGUUUUUCCCAGUGUGCAAAUUAGGUUUCAAGAGCCCUUUUGCACCCACAAAUUCAAUUAAUGAGGGCCAACUCUCCAAAAAGCAAUCUAAAUGUCAUUUAUUUCAGUGCUGCUUUUUAGUAAGACAGCUUCUAAAUUGUGUUUUAAACUGUUUUCUACUGUUUCAUUUCAGACAGGUGUUUCACAUCCUACUGGCUGUAUGCACGUAUAUAAGUAAUAAAAACACCCUGUCAGCAUCCUGGUCGAAAGAGUUUCAGUGCACAGCACGGGUGGGUGAUACUGGGCGACCUGGCAGCAGCCUUCAGGCCUCCAGCAGGGACACUCAUUUCAUGGAUUUUUCCUCAUCGAGUUCACUUUUUCUUUGAAAUGAUGCUCAGUAGGUGCACUUUUCUGUCCAACAGCGUCACGGAAAAUGACUUGAGCUGUGUCCAGAAUUGCUUCCUCAUUUGCUUAUUUAGUCCUUUUAACACAAGAACCAGUCAUCUACUCUAUAGUGAGUCAUAUACUGAGAUUUAUGACACAUUAGUAACCUCAAUUUGUGCCCCUCUGACAGUUGUAGUGACACAUAAACCAAAUUUAGACGUCUACACUUAAAAUACUCUGAAGGAAAAGGAACAUUUCACAGCGUCCAGUUUUUUAAAUCCUUUUAUAUCCCUCCCAAAUUUUCAGGGCACCAGAAGUUCUGAGGCCUAACUCGUUACUUGGUCUAACUUAGGGACUCCAAAUGGCACAAAUAUAGUAGCCCUGUGCCUGCGUCUUAAACCUGCGCUAUUUUUAAUCCACGCUUACGUGUCGCAGGGUCCAAACUACUUAAAAGCAUCGCUGUCAGUCUCCCUUUACCCUGCUCGUACUUCAGUUAUGCACCACUCUACUGUCUGUUGACAGCAGGGUGUUUAGUGAGUAUGAAAACCCUUCUUGUGCACACUGUUGCAAGACACUGAACCCCCGUCAUAGACAAAUCAAAAGGUGUGCAGUUUGAAUGGGAGUGUGUAUCCUACAUUGUUUCCCCCGUUUAGCCCCGCCUCUCCUCCUGUAUCUAUUCUGGUCUAAUGAAGGGAACAAGUUGUGUUGUUGUUGAUGUUGUGGUUGUUGUCCAGUGUAUGUAAAGAGUCUGUUUCUGCACUAAGAACACACAGGAGAAGAGAAACAUUGAGCAUUACCUCCACAGCGGUAGUGAAAAUACAAAAAACAGAGUCAAAUAUUGUCACUAUUUGUGGAUGAACAUUAUGUUUUCAAUAUUUUAUGUUUUUGUUAAUAAUGCAAAUCAUGUAAAACCCAAAUUCAUAUUCUGUCAGUAAAUUUUACAUUGUGUUAGUCCCACAGGAGGGGCUGAAUGUGCAGAACAUUGUAAUUAUUUUGUACAAAAUUCAGUAAAAGUCUUGGUUUGUUAGUGGAAUUUUUUUGUUUGUUCUUAGAACAAUCCUAUUAUUUAUUAAAGUAUUUUAUACCAAA